AUGUCGCCGGCGGCUUCUUUUGGGAAAGGCAGCACCAGUGGUUCCAUUUCAGGAACCAAUAGAAAGCAAAGUGAAAGUGCUACUCAGGCUGCUGGUGUGUCAGGAUCUUCUUCACGACCUUCAGGGUCAUCUCAACCUGCUAGUGAUGAUGCAAAUCAAAUGGUUGGCAGUGGUUCCGGCACAGGAACACAUGAACAGGGUCAUGUGGCAGGUAUUGAUGGUAAUGGCAUACAAUCUCGUGGCCCAGAUAAUGCAACUACAAAUGAUGCUGUUAUUGAGGUUGAGGAGGAUGAGGACGGGGACGAGGAUGAGGCUGGAGAGUUGACUGGGGGUGACGGAAGGAGGCCGAAGAAAUUGACAUCUUUUGUUUGGGAGUACUUUACCAAGAAAACUGAGAUAGUAGAGAUGGAUGGCAAGAAGUAUGAACAGAAGUGGGGGUACUGCAACUACCCUAAUUGCAAGGCCAAAUAUAGAGCUGAGUGUAACUAUGGAACAACUGGUUUUCGGAACCAUCUGAAAACAGCACAUCAUGUUGUAACAGGGCAGUUGCUAUUGAAGGCAGAAAAGGAUCAUGGAAAAGACAUCGCGUUGAUUCAACCUUACAGGUAUGAUCCGGAGGCUAGUGUCAAGAAGCUGCACUUAGCAAUAAUCAUGCAUGAGUACCCUUUUAAUAUUGUUGAGCAUGAUUACUUUGUUGACUUUAUCAAGUCUUUGCGCCCUAGCUUUCCUUUGAAGUCUCGUGUCACCACUAGAAAUGAAAUAAUGGAUAUAUAUUUGGAAGAAAAGGAAAAGUUUUAUGCAUAUUUUAAAACAGUUCGCUGCCGCUUUAGUGCAACCAUGGAUAUGUGGACAUCUUGA